UCUUUGGACAAUUGGGUGGAUUUGCUGAUGUUUUGCCUAUGCAUGCCGAAACGAUUAAUAAUAAAAUCGAUUCAGAAGGAUGGCCUGCUAGGGCUCGAGAGGAAGAUGUUUCAAAUGGAUUGAAUAGUCAUAACGAAUGGGAAAAUCAAGUCAAUUUUUAA